UCCUGGUCCUUCCCCUAAACCCCACUGUUAGUGCUGUGUAAGUGUCCCAGAGCUUGCGCAGCACACAAUCCUAUAAAAGAAAAACAAAAAAUACAAAAAAAUUAUAUAAAAACCUUCAAAAAAGCAAAAAAAGCCCUUUCUUUUUGUAACGAAAUCAGUGGAGUUGAUAUUCAAACUGAAGAGUGGAACGAGAAGAUUUUUGGAACCAACGUUUCUCUGGUUACCAUUUGCAACGGGAAAAGCAAGCAAGGACAAGUUGAUAUUAUGCUCUAUUUGGUCAAUUAGCAAGAUAGAUAGAUAGCUAAACAUUUGAAGUAGUAUACGUAACGAACAGGUUGUAUUUUCUAGUUCUACAUUUUAUCCUAAUUAGUACUUGUCAAGCUUGCUAAAGUUUGCUAGCCAGUUGGUGAUUCGUUCCCGAACUAGCGUAAGCGUAACCAGGUCCAUUAGAUAGAUUCUGAUCGCACAAUUUCCUAUAAAAGGUAUACUUAUCGAAAUUAGUUACAAAUAUGAACCCCAGUGCUCCAAGUUACCCCAUGGCAUCCCUGUACGUCGGUGAUCUUCAUCAAGAUGUGACCGAAGCCAUGUUAUACGAGAAAUUCAGCCCCGCCGGUGCCAUACUUUCAAUUCGGGUCUGCAGGGAUAUGAUCACCAGACGGUCCCUCGGAUACGCCUAUGUCAACUUCCAACAGCCAGUUGAUGCUGAGCGGGCUCUAGACACCAUGAACUUUGACGUGAUCAAAGGCAGACCUGUACGUAUCAUGUGGUCUCAGCGUGACCCCUCCCUGAGGAAGAGUGGUGUGGGCAACAUCUUCAUCAAGAACCUGGACAAAUCUAUUGACAACAAGGCCCUAUAUGACACCUUCUCUGCUUUUGGUAACAUCCUGUCCUGCAAGGUGGUUUGUGAUGAGAAUGGGUCAAAGGGCUACGGCUUUGUGCAUUUUGAGACCCAGGAGGCAGCAGAAAGAGCCAUUGAGAAAAUGAAUGGCAUGCUGCUGAAUGACAGAAAGGUGUUUGUGGGACGAUUUAAAUCACGCAAAGAACGUGAGGCUGAGCUUGGAGCUCGGGCCAAAGAGUUCACCAAUGUUUACAUCAAGAAUUUUGGUGAAGAUAUGGAUGAUGAGAAGCUAAGAGAGGUCUUCAGCAAGUAUGCUGAGUACGGCAGUGCCAUGAGUAUCCGUGUCAUGACUGACGACAGCGGAAAAUCCAGAGGCUUUGGCUUUGUGAGCUUCGAGAGACAUGAAGAUGCCCAGAAAGCUGUGGAUGAGAUGAAUGGGAAGGAGCUGAAUGGGAAGCUGAUAUAUGUGGGCCGUGCCCAGAAGAAAGUGGAGCGUCAGACCGAGCUAAAAAGGAAGUUUGAGCAAAUGAAACAGGACCGCAUGACUCGCUACCAGGGUGUCAAUCUCUAUGUAAAGAAUCUUGAUGAUGGAAUUGAUGACGAGCGUCUGCGUAAAGAGUUCUCCCCAUUCGGCACCAUCACCAGCGCCAAGGUGAUGAUGGAGGGCGGACGCAGCAAGGGCUUUGGCUUCGUGUGUUUCUCCUCCCCUGAGGAGGCCACCAAGGCCGUGACGGAGAUGAACGGUCGCAUAGUGGCCACCAAGCCGCUGUACGUGGCGCUGGCCCAGAGGAAGGAGGAGCGCCAGGCCCACCUCACCAACCAGUACAUGCAGAGGAUGGCCACCGUCAGGGCCGUGCCCAACCCGGUCCUCAACCCCUACCAGCCCGCCCCUCCCUCUGGGUACUUCAUGGCUGCUAUUCCCCAGACUCAGAGCAGGGCAGCGUAUUACCCAGCCAACCAGAUAGCCCAGCUGAGACCCAGUCCUCGCUGGGCCACCCAGGGCGUGAGACCUCAACACUUCCAGAACAUGCCGGGCUCUAUGCGUCCCUCUGCCCCCCGACAGCCCAGCUUCAGUAGCAUGAGGUCCACCAACCAGGUGCCUCGUAUGAUGUCCACAAGGAGCAUGGCCCCCCAGACCAUGGGUCCCCGCGCCCCUUCUGUGGCCCCAGGGACAGGAGCCCAGCUGCGUGGUGUGCCUCAAUACAAAUAUGCUGCAGGAGUCCGCAACCCUCAUCAGCACAUCAACACACAGCCCCAGGUCACCUUACAGCAGCCUGCUGUCCACGUCCAAGGCCAGGAGCCCCUGACUGCCUCCAUGUUGGCUGCUGCUCCUCCUCAGGAACAGAAGCAGAUGUUGGGUGAGCGCCUCUUCCCCCUCAUCCAGAACAUGCACCCCAGCCUGGCCGGGAAGAUCACUGGCAUGCUCCUGGAGAUUGACAACUCUGAGCUGCUCCACAUGUUGGAAUCUCCUGAGUCUCUCCGGUCGAAGGUGGAUGAGGCCGUGGCAGUGUUGCAGGCUCACCAGGCCAAGGAGUCAGCACAGAAGAACGUCACUAAUCCAGCAGGUGGUCCAAGUGUCUAAGCCAAGGGAGGACUGUCCAGUUCCAGCAGGGUGUGGGAAGCUUGGAACCUGCUUCACUGGUUAAAAAAAUUUACUAAACAUUGAAAAAAGCUGAAAACACACAAAACAAUGCAAAAAGAAAGAAAAAGAAUUGUUAUAAAAAGGAAAGUACUCUGAUCAGCCAGGCCUGGAGAAGCACACCAGACCUUGUUUAUUAAGGAAAAAAUCUGGAAAAAAUAGUAAAAAAGGUUAAAAUAAAACAUUUUAAGUUUUAGGGUUUUAAUAGAUAAUUCCAUAUGAUGGAAUGAAGCCUUCCUGAAAGCAUUCCUUUCUGGCCUUUUAUUCCUUUUAGAUGUAUGAAUGUUUGGGAUGUUGGUCUUUGGCGUGGAUGAUCGAUAGACCAGCAUUGUGAAAUGUACAUUGACUUUUGCUUGCUUGAAUUAAACUCAUACAAAUA